AUGUCUCCAGCACUUGCAAUGACGCUUAGUUUAGGCAAUUCGAUGUGCGAUAACUCAGGGAUUGCAACCCAUGUAGAAAUUACACGGCUAAAGCUUGUAACAGAGACUGCAAGCAUGCUGUCUGAUCCUGUGAAGGUGGUGUCUGAGUUGUCUCUUUCUGAGGGUGGUGGAAGCUGCAGUCAUGCUAAGAAUGAGCUGAACUUGACCGCCCUGUCAACUCCAAAUGAUGGUGGUAUUGGACGAACUGUUUUACUUAAUAUGUUGCUCGAGAAUGGAAAUGGUUCCAUGGUUAGUGAUGCUGUGAUCCAGGAAAGUGAGGAAGAUGAGGUGCUGUCAGUCGUGGAAGACUGUAAUGGAAUCAUCACUGAGAAGUUAGUGGUAUUGGAUGCAGCAUCUGAAACAAGCUUACCAAAGUCUGUUGAAAUGGAAAAUACCAAAAUUAUCGCUAAUGCUGUUAUUGUGGACUCAACAAACCUUGUGCAGGUGCCUACGGCUAACCUUCUUAUCAAGGCAGUGAGCCCAAAUGCAGAAAUCUCUGAUGGAUCUGACAUAAAGGCAUCAGCGGUGCCUCUUAAAUUGCCUAGUGAGAAGAAUCUCACUGGCGGACCUCCACGCAGUGUUUUUGAGCUUGAUUGCGUUCCUCUUUGGGGUUCUGUAUCCAUAUGUGGAAGAAGACCAGAAAUGGAAGAUUCUGUUGCAGCUGUUCCUCGAUUUGCAAAAGUUCCUAUCAGGAUGCUUAUUGGUGAUCAUGUUGUUGAUGGCAUCAGCGAAAAUCCGACCCACCUGACCAGUCAUUUUUUUGGUGUUUAUGAUGGUCAUGGGGGCGCACAGGUUGCUAAUUAUUGUCGUGAUCGAAUCCAUUUGGCCUUGGCUGAAGAGGUUGGAAACAUUAAAAACUAUUCAAAUGGUGGGAUUAUCCAUGGAGAUCAGCAGGUGCAAUGGGAGAAAGCCUUCACUGGUUGCUUUCUUAAGGUUGAUGAUGAGAUUGGAGGAAACAGCAUUAGAGGCAGCAUUGAAGGUGAUGCGAAUGCUUCUAUUGCUGCGUUUGAGCCUGUAGCACCAGAAACAGUUGGAUCUACAGCUGUGGUUGCCUUGGUCUGUUCGUCCCACAUCAUAGUUGCAAACUGUGGUGAUUCAAGAGCAGUCCUUUGUCGUGGAAAAGAACCGAUGGCAUUAUCAGUCGAUCAUAAACCAAACAGAGAAGAUGAAUAUGCCAGGAUUGAGGCAUCUGGAGGCAAGGUGAUACAGUGGAAUGGACAUCGUGUUUGUGGUGUUCUGGCUAUGUCAAGGUCCAUUGGUGAUAGAUAUUUAAAACCAUGUAUAAUUCCAGAUCCAGAGGUCAUGUUUGUUCCUCGUGCUAGAGAGGAUGAAUGCCUCAUUUUAGCUAGUGAUGGGUUAUGGGAUGUUAUUACAAAUGAGGAAGCUUGUGAAGUGGCUCGAAGACGGAUUCUGCUAUGGCACAAAAAGAAUGGGGUUUCAUCUCUUCUUGAAAGGGGCAAAGGUAUAGAUCCUGCAGCUCAAGCAGCGGCCGAUUACCUUUCAAUGCUAGCCCUCCAGAAAGGAAGCAAGGAUAAUAUCUCUGUGAUUGUAGUGGACUUGAAAGCACAAAGGAAGUUCAAGAGCAAAUCUUAA